UCCCUGAUAGGUAUGGUAAGGAAGGACUGGGCAUCCCAAAAUAGCAUUGCCCUAUCAUGGCAAGCACCUGCUUUUUCCAAUGGAGCCAUACUGGACUACGAGAUCAAGUACUAUGAGAAAGACUACCCACGGAUAGCGCCGGCAUUUUGGCACUACCUGCGGGUAGAAGAGCACGAGCAGCUCACGUAUUCCUCCACGAGGUCCAAAGCCCCCAGUGUCAUCAUCACAGGUCUCAAGCCAGCAACCAAGUACAUAUUUCAUAUCCGAGUAAGGACUACAACAGGAUACAGUGGCUACAGUCAGAAGUUUGAAUUUGAAACAGGAGAUGAAACUUCUGACAUGGCUGCAGAACAGGGGCAGAUUCUCGUGAUAGCCACCGCAGCUGUCGGGGGAUUCACUCUGCUCGUCAUUCUUACCUUGUUCUUCCUAAUCACCGGGAGGUGCCAAUGGUACAUAAAGGCCAAAAUGAAGUCAGAAGAAAAGAGAAGAAACCACUUACAGAAUGGGCAUUUACGCUUUCCAGGAAUUAAAACUUACAUAGAUCCAGAUACAUAUGAAGACCCAUCCGUAGCAGUCCAUGAAUUUGCAAAGGAGAUUGACCCUUCAAGAAUUCGCAUCGAGAGAGUCAUCGGGGCAGGAGAAUUUGGAGAAGUCUGUAGUGGGCGUUUGAAGACACCAGGGAAAAGAGAGAUCCCAGUUGCAAUCAAAACUUUGAAAGGUGGCCACAUGGAUCGGCAAAGAAGAGAUUUUCUAAGAGAAGCUAGUAUCAUGGGUCAGUUUGACCACCCAAAUAUCAUUCGCCUAGAAGGUGUUGUCACAAAAAACACUGGCCAACAUGCUGCCCAAGGGGAGCAGAAGAUUACUGACAGCCAUGAGAGUUUCGAGGACUCAGAAGAAUGCUUUUGA